AUGGCGUCUGCCAAGCGAGAGUCUUUGUCCGCAUGUACAUCUGUGGAAUCUAUGGGUAGCGCGAUGGCUUCGAUGCCCUAUUACCUCUCCACAGGUGUCAACAAGCUUACAGCUUCUGCUGUUGAUGAUGCUGUUGAUGGCUUGAAGACCAUGUUGCUACUUACCAUCACGGCCCUCGGAGAAAUCAUCUAUUUUGUCCUCAACAUGAUGUACUCUACCUACGCCUGUCUAAUCGCCGUAGCUGUCAAUGGCACAAUAAAAGCUGGCAUUGAAGUUGUCGAGGCAGCUACCGGAUGGAUCAACGAGACCCUGGUCGGAAUCGGCGACGACAUUGAGGGCGUUGUUGGCAAAUACCAGAGCGAAGUGGACACCAUAAUCUCAAAGUUCAACACUGCGGCCACCUUGUUCGACAAGGACUUCAAGCCUCUUGAUCUCAACAACACAAUCGAUACACUGGAGAAUCUGUCAUUGCCGUCAUCUGUCAAUGACACAAUCUCGAAAAUGGACGAUCUCAUCCUGCCCGACUUCACAACCCUUCAGGCCGAUGCUAAGAAGCUCAUCAUGUUGCCCUUCAAGGAGCUCCGGGACCUAGUCAACGACACUUUGGGCGCAUACAGUUUUGACUCUUCCGCCCUUCCAAUUCCUGCAAAGAAGCAGUUGGCAUUCUGCGAUGGCAACAACGGAAUCAACGAUUUCUUCGACGGCGUCACCAGCCUGGUUGUUACAGCACGCAAGAUUUUCAUUGCUGUUCUUCUCAUUGUAGCCAUCUUAGUGUGUAUUCCUGUUGCUUGGCAAGAAAUACGACGAUGGCGCUCAAUGAAAGAGCGGUCUCAAUUGGUACGCAAGGAGGCACACGACCCAAUGGAUGUUGUCUACAUUGUCUCGCGGCCGUACACUGCUGCAGCGGGUAUCAAAGCAGCAAGCCGUUUCAGCAACAGCCGUCGCCAAAUCCUUGUUCGGUGGGCCGUCGCCUACGCAACAUCUUUACCCGCACUCUUCGUGCUGGCUCUUGCUUUUGCGGCACUAUUCGCAUGUUUCUGCCAAUGGUUGCUUCUUCACCAAGUGAAGAAGACCGUUCCCGAGCUGAGCGCCGAGGUGGGCGAGUUCGCAGACAAGGUCGUCGGCGCAUUACAAAACGCCUCAGUUGAAUGGGCCACCGACGCCAACAAAGCCAUCGACAAGGUUGACAGUGGCCUCAACGACGAUGUCUUUGGAUGGGUCAACAAAACCGCAGGAUACAUCAACGGAACCCUCAACUUCUUCAUUUCCAACACAUCCGACACCCUGAACUCCACCUUCUCAGGCACCGUCCUCCAAGGCCCCGUCAACGACCUAUACUACUGCCUAGUCAAGCUCAAAGCCGAAUCAAUGCAAAAGGGUCUAGACUGGAUAGUCGACCACGCACACAUCUCCCUACCGGCAUUUCCAAACGACACAUUCUCCGCAGGAGCCUCAGACAGCAUAAACAGCACCUCAAACCCAUCCGACAGCUUCCUCGCCGAUGCAGGCGACGAGACAUCCAACAAAAUAACCGAAGUCGUCAUUCGCGUCAUCAACAAACUAGAAGAAGCAGUGCGCAUCGAAGCAAUCAUCGCAACAUGCAUCCUGCUAGUCUGGGUAUUCAUCGCCUUGAUCGGUAUCAGUCGCGCUAUGCUCCUGUUCUGGGGACGCGAGAAGCCUCGCGGGGAAGGUGGUCAAGGCCACAUCCUUGAUCCUGUUCCGCAUGGUCCACAUGGUCCCCAGCCUGUCCAUGAUUCUCAUGGCUUCGAUGAAGUCCCGCUUACGGCUAUGCCGAGGAGUAUGACUGCCGAUGGGCAUGUGGCUCCUCAGUAUACGGCUACGUCGGCGAGUUCUGCGCCUGUGCAGGGUGGGCCUCCUUAUGGGGAUGAGAAGGUUGGGUUUGCUGGGCAGAGGAAUUAUGGAAAUGCGCUGCAGGUGGAUGCCGGGCCUGAUUUUAGGGGGAGCAGUUAUGUUGAAUAUGGUGUGAAGCGGUGA